AUGAUUUGUUUACUCUUUUCCUUUCAGAACUUGACUAAUAUUUAUGGACCGUGUUUUGGUAUUCUCUUCUCGUCGUUUUUGCUGGAGCUGAAGGCAUCGUCGGCAACAAUCACUUGGAUAUUUAAUAUACAAUCUUUCAUGUUUAGCUUCUCAUCUGUGUUUCUGAUGCCACUGGUAAAGCGCUUCGGGUGGAGGUGUGUGACUUUCAUUGGUGGUGUGUUCACUGCUGUUGGUCUGGCUAUGUCUGCCUUCGCUACCUCACACUGGUUCCUCUUGUGUUCAUAUUCUCUACUGGGAGGUAUUGGUUGUGGCGUGUCAACUGUGGUGCCUGUCUUGGUUUUAACACGUUAUUUCAAACGGCGUCUUGGACGGGCCAACGCGUUCAUGGUUGGGGGAGUUUGCACGGGCCAGAUGCUUGGACCGCCCUUGGUGACGUACCUGCAGGAGGAGUAUGGGUUCAAGGGCGCCACCCUCAUCGUUGCCGCUCUCAUGCUGAACACGAGUGUAGCCUCCGUCGUGUUCCACCCUGUAGAGUGGCACACCAAGAGCCCUAGUUUUGUUACGAGGGGCUUGGACUUCAACCCGGAAAAUUGUGCCUCAGUAUUCAGCAUGGUGCAGGACGUGUGGAUGGCAUGCCUGGUGCUGGCGGUGUGGGGGUGUGGAGUGGGUGGGUUCAUGGGCGUCAUGACCAUGUUGAUGGUGGAGUACCUGGGUCUUGAUAACCUCUUACCCUUCAUAUCCGUCUCCAGCAUCCUCUCCUGCGUCUGGCUGCUGAUGUUCAGUUUCCUCUUCG